AUGUUGUCCACUCUUCCGCCCAUCACUGGUGCAUCACACUUUUCCAACAAGUCAUCCGGCGAUGGCGAUGGUGGCUCCGGUGGCUUCUCCGCGUCCCAGAUUGCUGCACAGCGUUCGCUCAAGUCUUCCAUCCAGGAGCUCACUUCCGGUCAGCACGACGCUGAUGCAUCCCUGCUCACCCCCUACUCCGAGCUGCCCAAGGAGAUCACUGGACCCACCGUGUGGGAUGCCGCUUCCUACACUGGCGCCGCUAACGCCUCCAAGUGGGUGCACACGUUCACCGAGCACGAAAUCUCGCAACUCGAGUCUGCAUCUCAACUCUGGCUCGAAUCCGGUCGUGAACUGGGUGAAAUCGAACGUUCUACCUUCCCACUCCCUUCUGACCUCGUAGCCACGCUUACCGAGCUUCGCAGGCGUCUGGUUGAAGGCCAUGGAUUUUACCUCUUCAAAGGGCUGCCCACCAAGCGUUGGGGAAAUCGUCUUUCGGCUAUCGCCUACCUGGGCUUGGGAUCGUACCUUGGAAACGUCGUUUCUCAGAACCGAUAUGGUCAUAUUCUCGGCCACGUGAAAGACCUUGGUGAAGACCCUACUGCGAUCGACAAGGUUCGUAUCUACCGUACCAACGCACGACAGUUCUUCCACACGGAUUCCUCUGGUGGAAUCGUCGGUCUUCUCUGUCUGCACAAAGCCGUGGAAGGCGGUGAAUCCGACAUUGUGUCUUCUCACGCGGUUUGGAACCAUCUGCAAGCCAACCGUCCGGACGUUGCUGAAUUGCUCGCUAGCAACAUCUGGCACUUUGAUCGCAAAGGAGAAGUCUCGACCAUCAAUGGUGAACAAAAUGGUUGGGUUACGCGCCCCAUUGUUCACCUGCGUCGUGGUCAACCUGCCAACCGUCUGAUCCUCACUUACGAUCCAUACUAUCUCAAAUCCAUCCAACGUCACGUCGAUGCCGGUCACAUCCCGCAGCUGUCCGAGAAGCAGAAGGAGGCAAUGCAAGUGCUGGAAGAUACUGCCAAGCUGCUGAGUCUGCACAUGGUCUUGGACGUCGGAGACAUUCAAUUCGUCAGCGACGUACACGUGUUGCAUGCCAGGACCGAGUACAAGGACCCCGCUCCGCCAGCUCCAAGGAGGCACCUGUACAGACUCUGGUUGGCAGUACCCGUGAGCGAGGGAGGAUGGCAAAAUGCUUACCCCGACAACGAUCUGCAGCGACGUGGUGGUAUUCAGGUGAAUGACACCAAACCGACCUACCCUCUGGACGGAGAGUGA